AACAACGAAGUAGCGGCAGCAGCAGCAACAGCAGCAGCAGGCACGGUGCCAACAGUACUGUUGAUUGAAACGAAAGGAGAAGUCCUCAUCGUAUCGCAAAUUGCAGUGCUUCGCAGAUCGGUGAAAGUGCACGGGUGCACACGCGAGUGCUUUGAAUUAACACGUCGUCGUCGUCGUCGUCAUUGGGAACGAAACGACCUAAUAAACCAGGCAUACCUCAAAAUUGUGACUAGUGACUUGCACCCAAGUGCUAAACCAGAUCAGAAUGUCUUCAUCCGACAACAGUCAACCUCAGCCUCCUCGCGUCAUCCAACCGUCAGCAGCUCCGGUUGUGAAAGAAGGCUGGCUAUAUAAACGCGGUGAGCAUAUUAAGAACUGGCGCUCGCGUUAUUUCAUCCUGCGCGAUGACGGAACACUGGUCGGCUACAAGAACCGCCCGGAUGCAUCGUUCCAAGCGGAACCAUCCAAUAAAUUCACCGUUCGAGGCUGCCAGAUCAUGUCUGUUGAUAGGCCACGACCGUUCACUUUCAUUAUCCGUGGCCUACAGUGGACCACUGUCAUCGAACGAAUGUUUCACGUCGAAGAAGAACGAGAACGCCAGGAAUGGGUCGAAGCAAUCCGGAGCGUAGCCAAUCGACUGACCGAAGAAGAAGCCUACCAAGGUUCCCAGUCUAACGAAGACGUAGAGAUGGCCUCCAUCGCCGAAGAUGAACUGUUGACAGAAAAGUUUUCAGUUCAGGGCACAUCAACUGGAAAAAUCAGUGGCAAGAAGAAAGUGACACUGGAAAAUUUCGAGUUUUUAAAAGUACUUGGCAAGGGAACCUUCGGCAAGGUGAUUCUGUGUCGCGAAAAAACAACCGCCAAACUGUAUGCCAUCAAAAUUCUGAAGAAAGAGGUCAUUGUACAGAAGGACGAAGUCGCUCACACGAUGGCAGAGAAUCGCGUACUCAAAAAGACCAACCACCCUUUCCUAAUAUCAUUAAAAUAUUCAUUUCAAACGGUGGACCGUCUGUGCUUCGUGAUGCAAUACGUCAACGGAGGGGAGCUGUUCUUUCAUCUCAGUCGCGAACGCGUUUUCACCGAAGAUAGGACCAGAUUCUACGGCGCUGAAAUCAUAUCGGCACUUGGCUAUCUACAUUCACACGAAAUCGUCUACCGUGAUUUGAAGCUGGAGAAUCUCUUGCUGGACAAAGAUGGUCACAUCAAAAUAGCCGACUUUGGCCUCUGCAAGGAACAGAUCACCUACGGACGCACUACGAAGACUUUCUGUGGCACACCGGAAUACCUAGCGCCCGAAGUGCUGGAAGAUAACGACUAUGGUCUCGCCGUGGAUUGGUGGGGUACCGGGGUGGUGAUGUAUGAAAUGAUGUGUGGAAGGCUACCAUUCUACAAUCGUGACCAUGAUAUUCUGUUCACGUUAAUUCUGAUGGAAGAGGUUAAAUUUCCCCGAAAUAUCAGUCCCAACGCGAGAGAUCUGCUUGCCGGUCUACUGAUGAAACAACCUAGAGACCGUCUCGGUGGCGGACCGAAUGACGCCAAAGCGAUCAUGGUGCAUCCGUUUUUCUCGAGCAUUAACUGGACCGAUCUUGUGCAGAAACGUAUACCGCCUCCCUUCAAACCGCAGGUAUCGUCCGAUACUGAUACUUGUUACUUUGAUUCGGAAUUCACCGGCGAAAGCGUUGAGCUGACACCACCGGACAACGCUAGGCCUUUGGGGGCUAUCCAAGAAGAACCACAUUUCUCACAGUUCAGCUACCAGGAUAUGGCAUCUACUCUGAAUACGCCGUCGUUUAUCAACAACUCGAAUAGCUACGUAUCGAUGCAGUGAAACCGUCGAGCGGAUGAUGAAGCUGUGUGCUACAAUCGACUCGGCAGUAAACGCGACUUAUGCUCUUCGGGGUAUCCAAAAUCGCUAACACCAUCGCAUGUAGGAACAAUACAUGGGAGUAAGCGUUUCUGCCGUCGCAAAGCGUUCGGAAUCGUGUGGAUUUGCUACGUAAACCAGGUGGACCUUUUCGCGUUGAGAUUUUUGUUUUGCAGUUCGGGAGUGAUAAGAGGUCAAAGUGCAGAAUUACUUAGUUACGGUAACACAAACAAGCAUAGGUUUUGAAUAGCAAAGCAGAAGCGUCAAUAGCUACUACAACUACUGUCAAAUAUUACCGACAACUACAACACCACAGAGGAUGAGACAAUGGUCCUGAAACGGGCCGAACCCGCAGCAAAGCAAAGCCCAGCAAUAGACCGGUUUAUUUUCAGGUAACGCUAGCCACAACCACAAAACAAACACGAAACAGGUGCAAUCGCAAAGCGGUCACAUUCACAAUAGGACCCAGCAAUAGCCCGGAUGUUGAAACACAACCGGAAGGCUUUUGAAGCCCAGUGUUGAAUCAACAAACUAACCCAUUCCAUACUCCCUUCAUUCGAUGACGAAAAACAAAUCCAACAAAACCAUUCUAUAGCUACACGCAUAUGACGUAUAAAUUAGAAAACAAAACAUAACAAACCAUACACAACCUCCC